UCGGAGUGUUAGGUAGUGAGAUAUCCAAAAGUACAACAGACAUUAAAUCCCACCAUAAAGCUACGAGAACCUGGAGCUGAUGACGAAUAACAGAAAACAGCAACACAAUCGACCCGGAAGAGAUGUUCCUCUAUUUCACAAGAAAGUUUGCAGGGCCAAGAGGAAACAAAUUAAAGUUUCUAGCGAUCAACACAACACAUAUUAGGCGAAGUGAGAUGGAAGACAGGUAGACCAGCUCCCUUUUUGACAGCCAAGCCCAACCGUGCCCUCAUAGAUGUGCCGAUUACCCUAGAGGGACGUCACCUCCCCCCUCACUCACCUAUUACGGUGCGUGCCCGGAUGCAUGACGAGGACGGUGACCUGUGGGAAGCAUUUUCUCACUACAACACAGAUCGGAGGGGUGUUGUCAACUUGAGCAGGGAUGAGUCUGUAGGGGGUUCCUAUGUGGGCUGUGAGCCCAUGGGACUAUUCUGGGCCCUGCAGCCUGCACCUGGAGAGAGAGAGGGUCUGAGGCUGCGGAAGAAAAACGUUGAGACUCCGUACUCUGUACAGUUGUCCUUAUUAGAGGGUCACGUUCCGGUUCCAUCCAAGGAGCAGCGACAGAGAGGGGAACAGGAGCUGGCUGCAGUGACUGUGGAACGCUGGUACAUGGCACCAGGGGUCCGGAGAACAGAGAUCCGGCAGAACGGAGUAGUGGGGACCUUGUUCUUACCCCCAGGUCCAGGUCCAUUCCCAGCCAUGGUGGACCUGUGGGGUAUGGGCGGGGGGCUGAUAGAGUACCGCUCAGCUUUGUUUGCUUCCCGAGGCUUUGCCAGUUUCUCCCUUGCCUACUUUGGCCAUAAAGACAUCCCUGGUCCACUCAACACUAUCAAUGUGGGAGAUGCCUACUUCAAGACUGCGUUACAGUUUCUCCAGGACCACCCCCAGGUGUGUGGGGACAGGAUGGGGGUCAUGGGCCUCUCAUUCGGGGUCUACCUGGCUCUGCGAAUCGCCACUCAAAUUGAUUUCAAUCCCAGGUGUGUGAUCGGAGUGAAUGGUCCAAUAGGAAGUUUCAACAAAUUCUCGGACAGCGACGGCAUGACAGAAAACUUUGAAGGGAAUCAGACGCACUGGAGUUACGAUGAAGAGGGCUACGUCAGUUUCAGAGAAGUGACCACGCCCAACAACAUUCCACCUGAGAACAAAGCAAAUGUUGAAAACCUGUGCUGCCCCCUACUGUGCAUUGUGGGUGAAGACGACUUGAGCUGUGCAGCUAUUGAGAACGCAGAUGAGAUUGAGAAGAAGCUUAAAGAUGCUGGUAGAUCCCACCUGUUCACCCGCCUGUCAUACCCCGGUGCUGGUCACCUGAUUGAGCCGCCCUACACACCCAACUCCCGAGCCUCCAUGUGGACCACACAACCCAAGAAACUGAUCACUCUCUGGGGAGGGCACCUGGCACCCCACGCUGCUGCCCAAGAGGACGCCUGGAAGAGGACCCUGGAAUUUAUGGAACGCCAUCUAAGGGGAAAGGAAGACAAAUAGCCUUUUGACCACUUUGGGAUAGAACGGUCCAUCUCAUAUGCAUCACUCCUCAAUGCAAGACUCAAAACUCACCCAACUAUCCAAAUUCAAGUGGACUCAAUGUUUUCUUUCACUAUUUUCACCAUACAGAUUUUUAUGUGAGUGUCUAUGUAUUAUUGUCAUUGAUUUGUUUGAUUUUUAUAAACACAACUAUUAUACCACAAUAAAAUCUAUGUAAUGUAAACAAA